AAGAACACGAAUGUUUAAAUUUCGCUAUAGGAAGGGGCAUACCGAGACCUCUACAUGAGACAGAGGCUUUAACGUGGACGCAACAUUACCACCACUGCGUUGAGCUGUCCGGAGGAGAACUUGUCUUGCGAGAAAGUGCGAGCCUUUUGCCUGUGAAGCUCCGGAGCUGACAGUCGAAACCAUGUUGUGUGGAGGCUCUCGUGUCUCUCUGCACUUGUGGGAUCGGCGUCAAUCCAUGCUUGGAUUAGGGUUAGGGUUUUGCGGUGCGAAGAUUGUUCAGCUCUCCUCCUUCGUUCUCAGACCUCCGACGACUCUGGCUAGCGCCGGUUUCGGCCAUAGAUUGCAGCACCGGAUAGUUUCUUCCUCUGGUCCUCACUGCAAGACUCCCGGUGAAGUCCCAGUUCUCCACGAUUGCUUCAGCCAGCAAGAAGAUGAUCAUGACCUUCAAGAUGAAGGGUUGUCCUCCCCAGUUGCAGGAGGCAUUGUUGCUCUGGGGAAAUUUGAUGCUCUACAUCUCGGGCAUCGGGAGCUUGCGAUUCAAGCUUCAAGAAUUGGAACUCCAUAUCUAUUGUCUUUUGUUGGAAUGGCCGAGGUACUUGGCUGGGAACCCAGGGAUCCAAUAGUGGCAAAAUGUGACAGAAAACGGGUGCUUUCUUCUUGGACUUCAUAUUGUGGAAACAUAACACCGCAAGAGUUCCAAAUCGAGUUUUCCAGUGUUCGUCAUCUAAGCCCUCGAGAGUUUGUUGAGAAGCUCUCGAAAGAGCUCAGGGUUUCCGGAGUUGUGGCAGGAGAAAACUACAGGUUUGGAUACAGAGCAUCUGGGGACACAGCCGAGCUGGUGAGGUUAUGCGAGGAGUAUGGGAUUGGAGCUUAUGUCAUAGACUCUGUCAUGGACAAGAACCGUCGGUCUCCAGACAGCCAAACAGAAGGAGACAGAGGGCAGGUCUCAUCUACUCGUGUUCGUCAAGCUCUCGCCAUGGGAGACAUGGAGCAUGUUACAGAGCUCCUAGGUAGGCCCCACAGGCUUGUCCUGAGCGUUGGAACGCGAGAUCUCCUGCCCUGUGAUGGUGGGAGGAGGGUUGUUUCGGCUCCUAGAUCUUCUGUUCUGAAUUUACCGCCCAGGAAUGGAGUUUAUGAAGCGUGUUCUGUCCUGGUCAACAAUGGUGAGAGCCCGAUUUCGUGUAGGGUAGUCGUUGAUAGAGUGAGUGUCCAUAUAGAAACAGGGGAGCCGCUGCAACUGUCUGAUUCUUCUGAUGGAGGAGCUCCAGAGUUUCAGCUCCUUGGCAUUGAAUUUGGUUGAAUCCUCAACUAACUAUUUCUCUUUUUUAAUUCAAUGAUGAUCCACAAAUUUCUUUCUUGUAUUUGAUUGAGAGAAGGGAUGUAAAACGAGUUUGGCUCGUGGGUUGGUUCGUGUGGUGGUCCACAUUUUACGGAGCCGAAUUUAGAAUAUUUGAGUUCAGAAAAAAAAACGGAUCAAACAAGUAAGUCUUUACGAGUUC